CCUGUCGGAUGGACCACACGAAAUUUUCACCACGUGUAAGCCAGUGAGACUAACAAGCGCGAUCAAAAAAGUUUAAAAAAAAAUUUUUUGUGUGUUCAUUAAUCAUUAAAUAAAAUAAAAUUAUUACGGUGCAAUAUGAAUUCAAUCUUAAGAAUAUUGUGUCUAUCGAUAGCAAUGAUCAUCAUAAAUGGCGAAGAAAUCAACAAGUGUCUUGAAAAUGAUAGCAUAUCAUGUCUUCAAAGAAAUUUGUACAGAAAAGCUAAGGAAUUUUUUGAUAAUGAUAACAUUGAAAUUGUAAACGGAGUUACUUUGGUCAAAAGUGCUGAUAGUAGAAAUGCAAGAAGCAGUAAAGAAGUGAUUUAUGAUCAAGAAAUCAAUGCCGCUAACAACGUGGCUGAUAGACAAAAUGUACUUGAAAAUUUCGUUGGUGAAGGUGCCAAGGAUUUCUUGUCUGGUAGAAGCCUGAAGGUUAACUUCACUCCAGCAAUAGAAAAAAUUGGACAGUCUGCACGAGCUAUUGCUAACUCAGUUCCUGAAGAAAUUCAUGAAGCUGUCGAUGUACUCGUUGAGGGUCGUGGUGGAAAAAAAAAGCUUUUGAAGACUCUUGCUCCCCUAAUUGUUGCUGCUAAAGCCAAAGUUGGAAUUCUUGCAGCACUCGCUUUCUUUGCAAUUAGUUUCUUGGCAAAAAAAGCAAUAUUUGCAUCAUUGAUUUCCAUUGCUAUUUCCGGUUUUCUUGGAUUAAAAUCUUUGUGGUCAAAAGGUGGUGAUGCCACUGCAUACAAUGCUGGUGGAUUUGGAAGUUCAAGUGGCUGGUCAGCACCAUCAGUUCCAAGCAAUGGGUGGCCGUCAUCUGGAUCAAAUGGCUGGGAAGAUCCUCAUUCAUCAAACUCUUUCACGGCACAAAGCCAAGCCUUCUCUGGCUAUCAUCGUUAGGUAGAUAAAAUGUCAUCUAAAAUUUAUAGCAUAAAUGACAACUGCCAAAUAAUUUUUCACCAACGUUAAAAAUAUUGUUCAUCAUCAGACAGUUUAGUUUUAAAUUUUUAAUGAUUGAUAAUCAGAAAAAAAAUCGUAUGGAUGUAUACGUUCUUUAUCUACACAGCUUAGAAGUAAUAAAAAAAUAUUUAUUUGUUAUUUAUCAUUAUUUUAAGGAU